CAAGAACCUUUGGACUUGGAGUCAAUUCUUCCAGAGAAUCCGGGAGACUACGAUAGUCUCGAGCCUCCAAAAGAAAAUGGCAACCCUACCGUCGUGAGCUUCCACGUCACUGUGCUCAGCUUAGAUUCCAUCGACGAAGGAUCAAUGACUUACGUCGCGGACAUAUUCAUGUCACAAACUUGGCACGACUACCGGUUGCGUCUUCCGCGCAACAUGACGUCCAAGUACCGUCUGUUACCAGUGAGCUGGCUUCAGCGCAUGUGGCGACCGGACUCUUUCUUCAAGAACGCCAAGCGGGUCACGUUCCAGGAGAUGACCAUUCCCAAUCACUACAUUUGGCUCUACUCCGACAGGCGUAUCCUCUACAUGGUCAAGUUAACCCUUCUGCUAUCGUGUGCGAUGAAGUUCGAGACCUAUCCCCACGAUACCCAAGUCUGCACGCUCAAGAUUGAGAGCAUCUCGUACACGACGGAUGACCUGGUGUUCGCGUGGGAGGAGGACGUGCCCCUCGUGGUGGACGACUCGAUUGAGCUGCCUCAGCACAACCUUGUCUCCACCACCAUGGGAGACUGCACACAGGUCUACUCCACAGGCAAUUUCACCUGCAUCCAGCUCGUGUUCACACUCAAGCGACGGUUGGGCUACUACAUGUUCCACACGUACAUACCGACAUGUCUGAUUGUUAUCAUGUCUUGGAUAUCCUUCUGGAUCAAGCCCGAGGCCGUGCCCGCCAGGGUGACGCUCUGUGUCACCAGCCUGUUGACUCUUUCGACGCAGCACGCCCAGUCACAGAAGUCUCUUCCACCCGUGUCCUACAUAAAGGCCAUCGAUAUAUUUAUGUCUUCGUGCACCGUGUUCGUGUUUGCCUCACUCAUGGAGUACGCUCUUGUGAACAUACUGAUGGGUGAAGCUCAGCCGGAUGACGACGGUCGUCGGAGAAGCAUCAGAGCUGUGGUUGUCUCACCACGGGUAUCUGAAAACUCUGCCCUGCCAAACGGUACAAAGCCUCCUAAGCCACCAGAGGCCAUCGCCAGCGAGUGCCGUGAAAGGGCCAUGCUUGUGGACAAGAUCAGCCGCGUCAUAUUCCCGACGUCGUUUAUUCUGCUGAAUUGCGUUUACUGGUCCCUCUACAUCGAUUCCUGAGGGCGGCGUUGAGAAGAUGCAGUUCCGGUGGCCAAACCCGCUCAGCUGAUUUUUGACUUCUCGUACUGCUUGAUCAAUGAAUUUUGUACAGUCGUCAAGUUGAACGCCAAGGCACGUUUUAACUUAUGCGGUAUCUUCCGAGCAAGACGAAGCAAAAAAUGAGAAGAUGCUGCAUCAUCUCUCAGGAGCAUGACACUGCAAUUCAUGCACGUCUCUCACCGAUCUCAUGACCACCGCUAUUUAAUCCUGGAUUUGUGUUUUGAGAAGAUUGCUUCACAAGGACAGAUAACAUCUGCAAAGUGCCCAAAGAUACAGUGAACUCAGUGUUUCUUGCCUAACGUUUUAGAAGUGGCUAGUGAACAGUGUUCUAUAUGCUUUUGAUGAACAAUCGCACACGUGGCGGGACGCCUCAGUAGACGCCCGCGCAGUGAUUGAAACC